GCUAUUUCAAAAUCACUGCGAAAACAAGUUGUUUUUCUGGAAAUUUGCUUUAUAUUUUCUGGAAAAACAAGUUGUUUGCCAAAACAGCUAAAAGCAUAGCAGCGCAGCAGACCUAUUAUAGCAGCCAUAGCUGUAGCUCUAGCAUUGUUUGCAGUUAAAUCUAAAAGUGCAUUGAUCUACAGUAUGGGAAAUAUGCUUAGCCUAAGGUCAUCUGGAAAGAUGCAUUCCAGUACAACUGAGCCUAUCAGGAUUAGCAUAAAAUGCAAGCAAAAAUCAUCAAAAGUUCUCUGCCAAUUUUCUUUUACUAACAUUACAAAUGGUGAAUGUUAUCUUCUUCGCUAUAAUACUCCACUCGAAGGGCUGAGGUCUAGCUUUCUUAAUUUGAAAAAUCAGAAGAUAAACGACAUCCCUUAUCAAGGAAUUCUUGUGAAGCGUCUUUUACCAAAAAAGGAAAACUAUGUUCUUCUGAAGCCAAACAAACCGAUUCAAUCGCCUGAUAUUGAUCUCACAAAAGCAUAUCAAUUUCCUCAUGAUGGCGAAUACACCUUGCAGUACACCAGAGAUCUGGUUUAUAUUACAAAGGAAAAAAUGGAAUCAAUAAAAGAUGACGAAUUACCUAUCUGGAGUCGCAAGUUUCGACCAAGAUUGUCAAGUUGUAGAUUUACCGUUGUGAAUGCUGACAAGUUCAAAAAGUCCCGCAAAAAGGUCAAGCAUGCCAAGAUCAUUGAUGCCUCAAGAUUUGAAGGUUGUUCCGACAUACCAAGUGAAGAAUGUCUCACACCUCAGUUUGUUAAUGGUAAUGCAAGCCAAAAAGCAAUGACCACUGCACUCCAUAAAGAAUUAUGCAGCUCAAAUGGUUAUCCUAAAGUGAUUUUGUCUCUCAACAGAAACAACUUUUUAUAUAAAUUAUGGUUUGGAAUCACUGUGACAAAAUCAUGUCGUCAAGUUAAGCGCUUUUAUCAAGCCAGCCUUAAUGGUUUAAAGAGUGACACAAUUACAUAUGAUUUCCAAGGAAAAAGGUGUAAAAGAGAUACAGUUGCUUACACAAAGCAUGGUGCUCGCAAAGUUCACUUGUGCCCAGCAUUUGACUCACUUCCAGCAAAGUCAGUGAGUUCUGGACAAGAUAGCAAACAGCAAACACUUGUUCAUGAGUUUUCGCAUGUUUACAGCAAUACAAGGGAUCAUGCUUAUGGUUCAUAUGAUUGUCAAAACCUUGCCAAAGAAAACCCAGAUUACGCAAUGGACAAUGCUGACACUUUUGGCUAUUACUUUUGUGAUGUUUUCAAUGCUUGAAAUAAUUUCAGUGUGUGCAAUGGACAUUUAUACUGUGCUAACAUUUGUAUUGCUGCUUUUUAUUUAAAUUCUAAUUAUAAAAAA